GAUGCAGAGCAUAAAGCGCUUGCCAAAGAGCGUUCACAGCUCCUUGCGCUCAAGCAUUAUCUUGUCUGACCUCCCGAGGGUCGUUGAGGAGUUGAUAUACAAUAGCAUCGAUGCAAAGGCCAAAAAGAUCGACAUCUCAGUAAAUGUCAGAGCGUGUUAUGUUAAAGUGGAAGAUGAUGGUUGUGGUAUUACUCGAGAUGAAUUGGUUCUCUUAGGAGAAAAAUAUGCAACAUCCAAGUUUCAUGGUGUCAUGGAUGGUGUGGAAUCUAGUUCAAGAAGUUUUGGAUCAAAUGGAGAAGCGUUGGCAUCUCUUUCUGAUAUCUCUGUGGUUGAAGUCAGGACGAAAGCUCGUGGGAGACCAAAUUCAUAUUGCAAAAUAAUAAAGGGAUCCAAAUGCUCACAUCUGGGAAUAGAUGACCAGAGGGAAGCUGUUGGCACGACAGUUGUUGUUCGGGAGCUUUUUUACAACCAACCUGUGCGGAGAAAACAAAUGCAAUCUAGUCAUAAAAGAGAACUGCAUAAUGUGAAGAAGUGUGUCCUGCGAGUUGCACUUAUCCAUCCUCAGGUUAUAGUCAGACUUCUUGAUACUGACAGUGAAGAUGAGUUGCUAUACACAGUUCCUUCAUCAUCCCCUUUGGCUCUUAUAUCAAACAGUUUUGGGAAUGAUGUUUCCAGUUGUCUUCAUGAAAUAUCUACAUCAGAUCAGAGCUGGGUUCUUUCAGGGCACAUAUCUGGACCAACAGAUGUGUUCUGCAAUAAGGAUUUCCAGUACUUGUAUAUCAACUCAAGGUUUGUCAGUAGAAACCCAAUCCAUAAUAUUCUGAAUAAUCUGGCAGCUAGUUUCCAGUUGUCCAUUAUGAGGACAAAUGAAGAAAUGGAUGGUCAGAGCCGGAAGAGACAGAAGACUGAUGUCUACCCUGCAUAUUUGCUAAACUUCUGCUGCCCUAGAUCGAGCUACGAUCUACAUUUUGAACCUUCAAAGACUACUGUGGAAUUCAAGGAUUGGCAAAGUAUCUUGUUUUUCUUUGAGCAGACUAUCGCAAACUACUGGAAGAAGCAGGUACAACAACCAUCAAAAGGCAAAACUAUUGAUGUCACCCUUCCUGUUGGCGCGCCUCUGGAAAGUAACGUGAAGUCAAACAAGGGCCUCCUAAAGCAUCAGCAUGUGCAGAACAAGGAAGAUGAUGCUGACUUACAGCAACGCAUACUGCAGAAGAGUGCAGUCAGAGAAAGCAAUGUUGGUAUAGGUGCAGCAGCAGCACCCAGAGACUCACAGUGCUUUUCGUUUGAUCUGAAGCCAUCUGCAUGGCAUCUCUUCUCUCCUGAUCGGACCAGUGGUGCAUCUGAACAUGCUGACAGUAUUGCUAGGAAUGACCGUAUUCAUUUUCCUGAAAGGGCCAGUUAUCAGUGGUUCGAUAAUGGUUCUUCUGAGCUAGAAGACAGUGAUCAUUCAGGUGCUAACCCAACUGUUUGGAAAAAGCGACGGAUGGAAGGUAUAUUCCAUGGGCAUGCAUAUUCUUGUAACUUUGGAAAGUUUGACGAUGUGCAGACCAAAGGCCUUUCAGCUGAUGAUCAAGAGUCUGAGAUAAUGGGCCUGGAUAUUGAUCUCCAAGAACCUUGCUUUGGGGGUGUCAAUAGACCCAAUAGUAUUACCUGUGACUUUAUGCAAAAUGAGACCAAUAUAAAGUCAAACAUGUCUAGCUGUGAUGGAUUCUAUGAUGAUUUUGAUGAAUUAAAUGAGGAUCACCUACUCAAUGAAGUCACGGAGACAAUAGCUGAUAUUUCUUGCCCUGAGAUGUCACACUUCAGUGAUGGAUUCUACCAUGAAGAUCGUAAUACUUCCAGUAUCUUGAAAAGGUGCAGCACAAGAAAGAAGUUAGGGACUGCAGCAGGAUAUGUUGAAGGCCUUGAAACUAACGUGAUUCCUCAGAUGAACUUCCCUGAUACCCAUCUAGUGUGGGAAAGUGAAGACAUGGAUAGGUCCUCCAUCAAAGAUGAUUACCUUAAUUUCUCUGAUCCAUACAUGUUAGCUGAUACGCCUCGCGGUCACAGUCAUGCAAGGACUGGCUUGGAAUCUCAGGGGCGAUCAAUAAGCUUUGCUUAUGGGAACUUUGAAAAUGUUGAUAGUGAUUUUAGAUUUACUUUGGACAGAUUCAACAGUGAAUCUCCAAGAAUAUGUGAAGGACCUAAAAAAUUGGACAUAUUCAACAGUGAAUCGCCAAGAAUAUGUGAAGGACCUAAAAAACUGAAUAACUUCGAUGAUCAAACUCAGUCACCUAAUUACUUCAGCAGUGUUGAUCGUUUUGUGGAUCAGUUUGUUUCCAAAGAUGAUGAGUUAGCCUGGAAAUCAAAAACUGAUGGAACAUUGUCAUACAAUAUUUCUCCUGAGAGAAGUACUACUGGUUGCCAGUUGAAGGUUUCUUCUUCCAACAUGGCAAACAACAGCGUACUUGCUGAAGAUCUACUGAAUCAACACGAUUUUGGAUUCGGUCGGAGAUCCAGGCUUACCAAGGUUCGAUCUAGGAGCUGUUCCGCCCCACCAUUUUACAAAGGAAAACGGAAAUUCCCCGGAUUGAAUCAGCCUCGGUUCAAAUUAGCAGCAGAAGACGAUAGGGAUAUCCCCAUGAAGGAAUCAGAAGAUACUGCACCUGCACCAGAAGAUAUCUCACCUAUGAGUGCAACACAGCCUAUUCCUGAGACUAGUAGCAGUGAGUUUUCUGGCCUAACUUUAAGCUUGAAGGGAAACGUGAAAAUGUGUGAAGAGGCCUGUUCUGAUGGGUUUGAAAAUUUUACUGCUCAAAUAUCUAAAUGGCGAGAUGACUCUGACCAACAUACAGCUUUGGAGUUGCCACAUGUUUCUUCCGAAUGCUAUGAUGAUGUACUUAGCAUUUCUUCUGGGCCUUUAAAUCUCUCUUGUAGCUCGCUAGUUCCUGAAUGUAUUGAUAAAAAUUGCUUUGCGGAGGCAAGAGUUUUGUUGCAGCUGGAUAAGAAAUUUAUUCCCGUCAUAUCUGGGAAAUUGCUACUCCUCGUUGAUCAGCAUGCGGCCGAUGAAAGGAUACGUUUGGAGGAGCUCCGUAGCAAGGUUUUAUCAGAUGAAGACCGAGGAAUCACUUACUUGGACUCAGAGGAGGACAUGGCUCUCCCCGAGACUGGAUAUCAAUUGUUCCAGAAGUAUAGUGAGCAGAUUCAGAAAUGGGGUUGGAUCAUCAACAAUUCUAGCAUUUCAUCCCAAUCAUUCAAAAAGAACAUGAACAUUCUGAGGAGACAAGCUCGUGCAGUUACUCUUGCUGCUGUUCCAUCUAUUCUGGGAGUUGAUUUAACAGGAAAAGAUCUUAUGGACUUCAUUCAGCAGCUUGAUGAGACUGAUGGGUCGUCAGGUAUCCCCCCAGCAGUUCUUCGUAUUCUUAACUUCAAAGCUUGCAGAGGGGCAAUCAUGUUUGGCGAUCCCUUGCUACCGUCCGAGUGCUGCCUGAUCAUCGAAGAACUGAAAGAAACGUCUCUCUGCUUCCAGUGCGCUCAUGGGCGUCCGACCACUGUACCCAUCGUGAACGUCGCGUCCCUCCAUGACGAGCUCGCGAGGCUCGGGAUGAUGAGUGGGAGGAGUGAGGCGGAGGAGUCCUGGCAUGGCCUGUCGCACCAUGGACCCAGCCUUGAGCGUGCCCAGACUCGGCUCAAACAAUUGAGGAGGCUGCGGCAGGGCUGCCUGUAGGAUAGGAUGUAGCCGUAGGAAGAUGAUGUAUAUAGCCGUCGAAAAUAGUGUGAUUUGUAGGAGUGACACUGUAGAGUAGCCAUUCGUUUCUGACAUAGAGAUAAAGCAAAAGCAAAGCAGCAACCUGUGCGAUUGAAAUUGAGGAGGCUGCGGCGGAGUUGCCUGUAGGCUAGGAUAUAGCCGUAGGAAGAUGAUGUAUAUAGCGGUCGAAAAUGGUGUGAUCUGUAGGAGUGACACUGUAUAGUAGCCAUUCGUUUCUAAGAUAGAGAUAAAGCAAAAGCAAAGUAGCAACCUGUGCGAUUGUCAUCCGAUUUUUUUUUUCAUGUAAAUACACAUCAACGGAUUGACAUCAAAGGCUGUGUUGUCCUACUCAAA